UCGUCUCCUGCGCGCCGGAGCCCUCCGUCUCUCUCCCGCGCGCCUCAUGAGCGCCCCAGAGGCAGAGCAGCGGCUGGAGGCGGCGGCUCAGACACUGGAGAGGGCCCUCCUGAUCUCUGCAGAAGACAAGAGGCUUUCCAUCCAGCGCUCCUGCAAAGACUCGCUGCCCACCCAGUUGCCAGCACGGAUCCGAGAAAUCAUCACCAAGAACCUGUCAGAAGUUUUCCCCGCCGAGAUGGCCUCCUUGCUUUCCCCGCAGGCAGAGAACCGCGUCUUGCAGCAGGAGCUGUCCCGCGUAGAGGACCUGCUGGCGCAGAGCCGUGCCGAGCGGGACGAAUUGGCCAUCAAGUACAACGCCAUCAGUGAACGGCUGGAGCAGGCCCUGCGGCUGGAGGCAGGCACACAGGAGUCCCUGGAGAGCAAGGGCUUGGCCCAGCACAACCUCGAGCUGCGCCGGCGGCUGGAGGAGGAGCAGGCGGCCUACAAGCGCAAGCUCCAGGCUUACCAGGAGGGUCAGCAGCGGCAGGCGCAGCUGGUGCAGAAGUUGCAAGGCAAGGUUCUCCAGUAUAAAAAGAAAUGUGCCGAGCUGGAGCAAGAGCUGCUGGAGAAGUCGGCAGCCCUGGAGCAGUGGAGCGUGGCGAGCCGCCCGGGUGCUGCCGAGUCAGGCUUGCAGCACGAGGAGGAGCACGGCCGUGACCUGGAAAACGCACUUGUCCGCCUGGAGGAGGAGCAGCAAAGGUGUGCCAGCCUUGCCCAGGUCAAUGCCAUGCUUAGAGAGCAGCUGGAACAAGCCAACACAGCAAACCAAGCCCUGAGCGAAGACAUCCGGAAGUUGACAGCAGAUUGGUCGAAAGCCCGGGAGGAGCUAGCGCAGCGGGAGGGGCAGUGGCGCCGGGAGGAGGAGUCAUUCAACACUUACUUCAGCAAUGAGCACAGUCGGCUGCUUGCCCUUUGGCGCCAGGUGGUGGGUUUCCGAAGACACUUCAACGAAGUGAGGACCAUGACGGAGAGAGAUCUCUUGGAGCUGACUGGCGAGCUGUCCCGGUCCAGCCGUUUGGUGCACGCUGCCUGCCUGAACGUGAGCAGCAACCUGCGCCUGUCUGAGAGCAGCGCUGGCGUGGCUCUGGAGAAGCAAGCACGGCUUCUGGCCCAGCUGGAGGAGCAGCUGAAGGACAAAGUCCGCGAUAUGAUCCAGCUGCAGGUCAGGUGUGACACAGAGAAGGCUGAGCUGAGCAGCAGAGUCAGUGAGGUCACCUCUGGCUUGGAGCGCUUGAAAGCCCAGAACUCGGAGAAGGCAAAGACCAUCGAGAUGCUAAGCCAGAAGCUGGAGGCCCAGGAAGCUGCUCAUGCCCAGAAGCAAGCAGCAGUGGAGGCCGUGCAGGCGGAAGCCUUGCGAAGCGAGUCGGAAACGCUGCAGCAGACGUUACGAGACCUUGCUCAGGCCGUCCUCUCCGAUGCGGACAGCGCUGUUCACCUCCCAUCCACUGACCGGAUGACCGACGGCUCAGACAGCGACGCCACUGGGCUCAGCCUGCGCACUUUGUCCUGCAGCCGCCGGACACCCUCCCCUCGCCGGCGAUCCUCCCCCCGCCGGAGCCUCUCCCCGAUCGUCUCGGACUCUACGUUCGUGGCGGUGCAGUCUGCCUUCCACAAGCGCCAGCUGCAGCUGCAGGAGGCCCGUGGGAAAUACGAGGCUAGCCAAGAUCUGGUGGCUUCCCUGAAAAGGCAGCUGGCUGAGGGAGACCAUGAGCGCUGUGCCCUUGAGCAGAAGGUCCUGCAACUAAGGGACGAGGCGGACCGGCUAGCACAGGCCAAGGAGGAUGCCCUGCGAGACGCCAGGCGCUUCCAGACAUCGGUGGACCUCUUGGGCAGUGAGAAGACCCUCCUGGAAAAGAGCUUGCAGGCCACGCAGCAGAAGUUUGAGGCCAGGAGUCAGGAGAAGGAGGAGCUGCGGAGGGCCAGCAGUGACCUCCGGCGCCGGUGUGACGGCCUGGAGGCAGAGAAGGAGUCUCUCUUGAUGGAGCGGGACCGAGACCAGAAGGAGGUGGAGCGAGGUCGUAAGCAGCUGGAGCAGCUGGAGGGGCAGAAGUCCGCCCUGAAGAAGGAGCUUGUCCUCAGCAGGGAGGCCCUCAGCAAAGCUGUCCUGGAGAAGGAGGUGGCGGAGAGCACCAAGGCCCAGGAAGCCGAAGCCCUUGCCCAGGCAAAGGUGAGCCGCACAGAGCUGGAGCUGACCCUGAACAGGCUGAGGGCGGAAGAGGCCUCUUUGCGGGACUCCCUCUCCAAGAUGAGCGCCCUGAACGAAGGGCUGGCCCAGGAUAAAUUGGAGCUCAACCGCCUCAUCAUCCAGCUGGAAGAGGAGAAGGCUGCUCUCUUGGGGGAGAAGCAGGAGAUGGAGCAGGAAAAGGCCACGAUCCGGCUGGAGCUGGGGCGCCUGGAGCAGGAGAGGCUGGACUUGGCAGCAGAGCGCCACGCCUUGGAGCAGUCGCUGCAGGCCGCGGAGCAGGGCAGGGGCAGGCUGGAGCAAGAGCUUCUGUCGCUGCAAGGGGCACAGGAGCAGGCGCAGGGGCAGCUGGGCCAGCUGUCUCGCCAGAGGAACGCAGCCAGUGAGGCACUCGCACAGGUGCGCAGGGAGCUGGAGCGCCACAGUGAGGCCUUGCUCAAGGCCGCCAAGGAGAAGGAGAUGCUGAUGAAAGAGAAGGCCAGUUUGGUAGUGCAGCUGGCAGCCUCGGAGCGGGACAACCGGGGCUUGGCAGAGGAGAUUGCAGGCCUCAGGUCGGAAAAAGACGCCCUGGAGACAACCCUCUUUGAUGUCCAGCAACGUUUGGCUCAGGUGGACACCCGGAAGGAGCAGCUGGAAUCCCAUAGCCAAGCACUACUUCUGGCCAAAGAAGCCCUGCAAGUGGAGCUGGGCAGCGUCCGCAAACAGAUGGAAGCUGAGGUGAGCAGGCUGGAGAGGGAGAAGGAGCUGCAGGUGCAAAAGUUGUCUCAGACGGAGGAGGAGGCCCAAGCGGCCCGGAGGACUAGGCAGGCAGCAUAUGAUGAGGACACAGCCCGUCUUCAGAGGGAGAAAGAGGCACUGAGGAUCGAGCUGGAAGCCGAGCGGGAGGAGCUGCUCCACCGUCUGACGCAGGAGCGUGAAGAACUGCUGGCCCGCUCCGAGGCGGAGAAGGAGGAGCUGAACGAAGAGCUGGCUGCUCUCCAGCAGGAGCGUGAUGAGACCCUCUUGCUGGCUGAGAACGAGAAGCAGCAGGCACUCUCCCUCAAGGAAUCGGAGAAGACGGUGCUGUGGGAGAAGCUGUCGGGUGCCCAGCAAAGCCUGGCCAGCCUGACGGUAGAACUGGACAGGCACAGGCGAGAUGCCCAGAGCCGCCAGGAGCAGGAGCGGGCCACAGUCAGUGCCUUGAAUUUGGAACUGCGGAGCCUCCGAGUUCAGCUGGAAGAAGCUAUUGAGGAUCGGGAGCAGGAGGUGAAGGCGCUUCGUGAUCAGGCCAGAGAUCUGGGGAAGCAGAAAGAAUCUGCCCUCCAAGAGGUGGAGGAGCUGAAGACCCGUGUGCGCCUAGUGGAGGAUGCAUGUGACGUCCUCCGCCAGGACCUGACAGAGGCUCAGCGCAAGGUACGUGAAGCCCAAGAAGGCCAGGAAAUGCAGCUCAAGGAAACUGUGGGGUUGCAACGGAGCCUGAGCGAUGAAGCCAAAGAGAAGGAGGCCUUGCAGAGAUCCAACGUGGAGUUGCGUGCCAGCGUGAAGCGUGCUGAGAGCGACCGCAUCAGCCUGAAGCGUGCCAGUGAGGAGAAGGAACAGAAGAUCUCUGUCCUGGAGGAGGUGCGCGCAGCGGUAGGCAAGGAGGCAGCUGACCUGCGCAGCAGUCUCCAGGAGGUGGAGCGGUCGCGGCUAGAAGCCCGUCGGGAGCUGCAGGAGCUGCGGCGGCAGGUCAAGAUGCUGGACCGCGAGAAGACCAAGAAGCACAAGGAAGUGGCCGAGCUGCAGGCCCGCAUUGCUCGGGAUGAGCAGCAGGAGGAGGAGAGCAGAAGGGAGACCUUCGGCCUCAAGCGGAAGAUCGUGGCCAGUGAAGCCGGCAGAGAGUCCGCCAAGAAGGAGCUUCUCAACCUGCAGCGGAAGCUGACAGACCUGGAGCGUGAAUUCCACCGGAGAGAGAAAGAACUAACGGAGAGCCUGGAGGAGGCUCGGGCCAAUGAGAGGAAACUUCUCGACAACAGCCACAACUUGGAGGUCAAACUGGAGACUGCGCAGGCCGAGGCGGCGGAAGUGAGCCUCCGCCUGAGUGCAUCUGAGGGUCGCGUCCACGGCCUCGAGGCAGAGUUAUCCCGCGUGGAGACCCUGAAGCGAGAUGUGGAGUUCAAGCUAGGCAGCCUCCACUCCUCGCUGCGGCGCACCCUGGGCAUCAGCCAGAGGGACUGUGGCCCAAGAUUUGCCAUCAGGGGGCGCAGCAGCUCCCCGCAAAGACUCUUCUCCCCUCCAAAAGAUGGGCAAGGCAGCCCAACUCCAGAAACAGGCAGCCCAAAUUCCCGACCCUUAUCCCCAGAGCGUACCAUCUCCCCGAACCGCAGUGAGCAACUGGUCGCGGAUAUUGACCCAGAAGUUGUGCGGAUUGCUCUCCGGGACUUCCUGCAAGAACUAAGGGCGACACAGCGAGAGCGGGAUGAAGCCCGGUCUCAGCUGGCUACCUUGAACCACCAACUGGCGGAUAUGGAGUUGGCGCGGGAUGCAGCCAGUGCUCAAGUGCAACAACUGCAGAAGCAGUUGGCUGAGUGCACUGAAGGGAGGCGCAACAGGGAGGAGAAGCUGAGCAGUGCCCAGGAGGCACUGAUCCUGCAAGAAGAGAGAUUGCACCAAAAUGAGCGGGAGCAUCAGACGCUGAUGGACAAGGUGGCAGUGCUGGAACGGAACCUGCAGCUGGCUGACAGCGAGAAGAGAGCCACCCAGGAUAAGCUUGACAAGAUGAAAGCCAGCGAGGCCAAGCUGGAGGGAGACAAGCAGCGCCUGAAGGGCGUCUUGGAUGCCUCGGAGAGCCGCUGCACCAGAGUGGAGUUGCUGAGACGCUCACUGGAGGGGGAGCUGCAGAGAGCCCGGCUGGUGCUCAGCGAUCGCCAGGUGGAGCUUCAGGUGCUGCGGGACCGCGUGGAUGCUCUGCAGAGACAGGUGACCGAGUGGGAGACGAAGGCUGGUGCCCGCCAGCUGUCGCUGGACCGCCUUCAGCUGGUGCUGGCAAAGGCCGUGGAGGCUGAGAGCUCCCUGAAGGAGAAAGUGCAGAGUCUCUCUGCCUCCCUGCUGGACAGCAGUUCCUGUGCCAGCUCAGCCCAGGAGAAGGUGCUGGAGCUACAGAAGUCUCUUACAUCCAGUGAGCAUGAGCGCCGGGUGAUGCAGGAGCGGUUGGAAGUGGCCCGCCAGGCACUGUCGGAAGCCAAGAAGGAGACAGGGCUGCUGAUGGAGCACCUCCAGGCCCUGAAGACGGAGCGAACGGAGCUGCGGCGGCAGGCGGAGGAGCUCGGGAGUCGCAUGCGCCAGCAAGAGGAGCUGCUGCGCCAGUGCCAGGACAGUGAGGCGGUUGCCCUGAGAAGCCUGCAGAAGGCCCAGGAAGACAGGCGUCUCUUCCAGGAGCGGCUCAGCAGCCUGCAGAAGGCCCUGGCUCAGAUGGAAAGCGAGAAGCGGGAGGUCGAGCGCUCCUCUCUCCGGCUGGAGAAAGACAAGAUUGCCCUCAAAAAGACCCUGGAUAAAGUAGAGCGCGAGAAGCUCAGAACUCACGAGGAGUCGGUGUGGCUGUCAGCUGAAAAGGGGCGGCUGGACCACUCCCUCACCAAUGUGGAGCAGGAGCUGGCUGGGGCCUGCCAGCAAAUCCGGCUGCUUGAGGCUCAGGUAGCGGAGCUCGAGCGGGCCCCAGGCCAGAACACAGCUGAGGUUUCUCCCCGGCAGCAGCAGGAGUUGCAGCUGGAACUGGAGUGCCUGCAGAGCUCCCAGCUCCAGACAGAACGCAUGCUGGGUGCUCGAGAGCACGCCCACCGGCAUCGAGUCCACACCCUGGAGGAGAAGAUCCUGAGGCUGAAGGAGCAGCUCCACCAAGAGUUGCGCGGGAGCCGACCGCUGUGCACCCCCCUGGGUGACUAGCAUCCAGGCGUGGCUUACUGCUGGCACCCGCCUGUCCCACCAGCCAGCUCCUUGCUCCAGUACAGAUGGCACACCGGGAAUUUGGGGUGGGGGACUGGCCUGCCCCUCCCUCAGAAGCAGCAGCCCAGCAGAGCGGUGUAAAGAAACGCUGGAGGAAAAGAGCAAACUCCCCCCUCCCCUCCCCGUGCACCCAACACCCUCUUGGGGUAAGGGGGGGGGCAGGAGGUUGAAGGUCUCCCUUGGGCAGCUUUGGACUGCUGCUGUGGUGCGAUAAUACCAAACUGCACCUUCAUUCAUUCCUUAGGGCUGGAAAACGUGCCACCCCCCCCCCCCACACACACACACGAGAAGCACAACCCGUGAAAGUGUCCAGGUGCCAGGCGAGGGUCCCGUUUCUUGCUGUGACUUUGACCCCCCUCCCCCCGCACUUGAAAUGGAGAGGCUUAGCUCCCCCCACCCCUGUCCCAUCCUUUGGGAACAGGGCAUCUCUAGCAGCCUGCUGAGGGCGUCCUCCAACCUCAGCCGCACUCCUGGGCUGCUUCUGGUCCCCAGAACCUUUCAGCACCUGUGGCAGAGAGCGAGCGGUUCACUGUCAGUUGUGAAUGGGCGCCAUGAGGCAUGUUGGCGGCAGGGCUGCUUGACCUUUGCUGCCCACGUAACCAGACUGGCCCGUGGCUUCCCGCUACGUGGUGCUGUGCUGCCUGCCCUCAUCGUCUUCGAAGUGACGCACCAAUUGGAGGGUUGGGAUUGGGCACACGCACUGUGCCCCGGGUCUGUUUGUCUCUGUUGAUCUUUAUAACUCUCUAAUCAAGAAAUGUAGAAAGCUUUAUUUUUGUACUGGGGAAGGUGAUCUGAUAGUGAAUAAAUCUGGAUUGUCAA